CUUUGAUUGAGUCUAAGAGAUUGUUACGUUGUUACAUUACGUUUGUAAACUGGAGAAGCACGCCAUGUUGGUUUUGAUAAUACUUAGUCUUCUUGCAUCAAGGUUUCCAUCGGGAGAAGGAUAUGAAGAUGUUGUUUCAGAUAAUGGCUUUAUUAUAAGUAGUUGCUAUACUACAACGAACAAUUAUAUCAACUUAAGAGAUAAUUCUGGCAACACACCACUUCACCUGGCAGUGCGUAGGGGGGCAUUCCAAUUGGUAGAAUCGCUUUUAAGGAUAGGCGCCGAUGUUAAUUGUACAGAUUACCAAGGUAAUACUCCACUGCAUUUGGCAGUGGGGCGUGUUAGUGCUGACAAGAAGAUAAUUGUUCAAAUGCUUCUGGCACAUGAGGCAAGUGUGGAAGUUCCAAACAAAUAUGGCGAGACCCCCCUGAUUAUAGCAAUAAAAAACAGUAACACUGAUGUGGUGGAAGGGUUGAUCAACGGUGCGAACGUAAAUUGUAAAGAUGCCUCGGGUUCUAUGCCGCUUCAUUACGUCGUUGAACAAGGUAAUGAGGAUCUGACGAGACUGUGUAUCAAAUUUGGGGCGAACGUUAACAUGCCAAACAGAGAUGGCAACACCCCUCUUCAUUUAUCUGUGUUAAAAAAAAGAAUUAAUAUGGCGAGAAUACUGAUUGAACACGGCGCAAUCGUAAAUGAGAUAAACUCAUCUGGAUACACGCCAUUGCUUGGGGCAUUCCACAUUCGACAAUUAGGUCGGCUAUAUUCCGAUCCAGAGAUGAUUCAACUUCUCUUACAAAACGGAGCCGACCCAAAUGUAGGAGACUUUGAUUAUCCGAUUCACGUGGCGGUAAAGCGUUCAAUGGAAGGUACUGUAAAACUACUGCUAAAAUAUGGAGCUGAUGUGAAAGUUCAAAAUCGCGAGGGCAAGUUGCCAAUACAUAUUGCUAUCGGUAACUUGAAAAUUGCGCAACCUCCUUACUCCAGAGAUACACUCAGAAGAAUCUUCUACUAAAUAUCCGAACUAGCAGGUAGAAAGUGUUUAGCUGUAUUCAAAUAAUAACUGGACGUGAACCGACUUAUUCUAAAACUCCAAUAAAUAGGAUGUUGCACAAUAAAUUGUUAUAUAAUAAAUAAG